AGGAAGUACAUCCAUCCCACUGUUCCUUGCCUGAAUAAUCUCCAAUGGUAAUGCUGCGGCGUUUGGGUUAAUGUUGUGCCAAGCUCUCCACACCAGCCCGAAGCAAGCCGCACCGCAACGCGAGGACCGCGGUACUUAGCUUGACACCCCACGACAGCAUCGAAGCUCCCACCACUCCAGCGUCAACACUCCUCACUACCCUAUCUCUCAUCGCAUUCUUCUCCGCCAAUGUCCUCCAAGUUCGUCUGUCUUCGCGCGGCGCGCCUUGCUGCCCGUCAUUCGUCCCGAAGGACCUACGCCACGGCAGCUAAUUCGAAGAGCGCCGACUAUAUCCGCAUUGUAGAGGUUGGACCGCGAGACGGGCUUCAGAAUGAAAAGCAAAGUAUACCGGUAGCAACGAAAAUCGAGCUGGUGCGGAGAUUGGCGGAGACAGGAUUGAGCACAAUAGAAGCUGGGUCCUUUGUGUCUCCGAAAUGGGUUCCUCAGAUGGCCAACUCAUCUGAAGUACUGGAAUACCUACUAAGAUCCCCUCCUGCAUCGUCCAGCCCCGUCACAUACCAAUUCCUCACCCCCAACGUAAAAGGCCUCGACGGCUUCCUCUCCGCCCUGCACUCCACACCCUCUACAUCCCAACAAACCCACCAUCCCACACCAUCACCUUCGCCCUCCUCCUCCUCCCCCUCCUCAAGCGCUGCCGAAACCUCCGCCUCUCCAACCACCCCCAAAAUCGAACUCUCCAUCUUCACCGCCGCCACCGAAACCUUCACCCAGAAAAACACAAACUGCUCCAUCGCCGAAUCCCUCGCGCGCUUCCAACCCCUCAUGGCGCGCGCCAAGGACCUCUCCAUUCCCGUCCGCGCCUACAUCUCCGUCGCCCUGGGCUGUCCCUACGAAGGCCCCAACGUCGAUCCCCACAAGGUCGCUUCGCUGGCCAUCAACUUGCUGGAGAUGGGCGCAGACGAGAUCUCCGUGGCGGACACGACGGGUAUGGGGACGGUGCCCAAAACGAGGGAGCUGCUGAAGACGUUGAAGGCGGCUGGCGUUGAGGAGAAGGACCUGGCGCUGCAUUUCCAUGAUACGUACGGUCAGGCGUUGGUGAAUACGGUCGCAGCGCUGGACCAUGGGAUCCGCACUUUUGAUGCUGCGGUUGGCGGGUUGGGAGGUUGUCCGUUUAGCCCUGGCGCGACGGGAAAUGUGGCGACGGAGGAUUUGGUGCAUUGUUUUCAUAGCCUGGGUGCGAAGACGGGUGUUGAUAUGGAGAAGUUGGCCAGUGUUGGGGAAUGGAUCUCCAAGGAGUUGGGGAGGCCGAAUGAGAGUCGGGCGGGGAAGGCGACGUUGGCGAAGUUGAAUAGAAAGGGUAAGAUGGCGACAUGAAGGCUUUGUAUAGAUAGUGAGCCUCCAAUCGGUACGUCAGGGAGACAGCAGCAUGUAUGCUUUGUUGGAAACCUUGGAACAUCUGAGAACAUCCUUCCGGGAUCAGCGCCUUCUGGCGUAAGACCCAUAUCAUAUAUUCGAGCUGGAAUACUCAUGGACAGUAGGAUCAUAUGUUUUCAUUCAUUCGAUAUGGUGUGUUCAUAACGUCCUUGUGCAAGCAGUCCAACCUUCCAUGAGAUUGGCCCCAGACCUAUAUAGACGGUAACAGCACCUAAAUAUGCG